GCGGAAUACGUAACAACAGGAUCGCUUGGGAGGUUCGAGGGAUUCCUUGCGGCGUUAUGGGAGGCGGCUUUCACCAUGGUCGGCCCAGAAUAUGUUGCAAUGGUUGCCGGAGAGACAAAAUUUCCCCGCAGAAAUCUUAAAGCCGCUUUCAACACCGUUUAUAUCCGAUUCGGUGUCUUUUUCAUCCUGAGCGCUCUGUGUGUCGGAAUAGUCCUUCCCUAUAACGACCCCACUCUUGUUCGCGUACUAGACGGUGGCUCUGGCGGUGGUACAGCUGCGGCAUCGCCGUAUGUUAUAGCCAUGCACAACAUGCGCAUCAGUGUGUUGCCGCACCUCACCAACGCUCUGAUGGUGACCAGUAUCUUCUCUGCUGGCAACACAAAUGUGUAUGCCGCCACACGCACUCUCUAUGGACUGUCGCUCGAAGGUCAAGCGCCCAAAUUCCUUCGAAAGUGUACCAACAACGGAAUUCCAAUUUAUUGUUUUUGUGUGGUGAUGUUUUUCCCUUUGCUAUCCUUUCUUCAAAUCAGCAGCGGCUCAGCGCAAGUCAUCACAUGGCUUGCCAAUAUUACAGAGGCGGCCCAACUUAUCGACUAUAUCGUCAUGUGCAUAACAUAUUUAUGCUUCUACCAAGCACUGAAAGCGCAAGGCAUUGAUCGUCGCACGCUGCCUUAUGUUGGAUGGUUUCAGCCAUAUUGUGCGUGGAUCGGACUUGUGGGAAUGAUAUUCACCGUCUGUACCUAUGGCUACACGACUUUCCUUCCUGGUUGGUGGGAUGUCGGAACAUUUUUCAGUUACUAUACAAUGGUGUUCGUCGGGGUCAUUACUUUCGCUGGCUGGAAGGUGGUCAAACGCACCAAAUUUGUGCGCCCGCACGAGGCUGAUCUUGUAUGGGAGCGACCAAAGAUUGAUGCGUACGAAGCAGCUUUUACCGAGAAGCAUGUCAGCUUCUGGGUUGAGUUGCAGCAAAUGAUGGGGUUCAAAAGGAAGCCUAUCUCCGAAUCAGCUUGAAAUUAAUCAUUAAAUGCAAUUGUUUCUGAUUAUAUGUGCAUAGACUUUAUUAGUUGUUCAGACAUAGAUACCUCACAUUUCGUUUUCUUCUUCCUCCCAUUUUUUAGCAAUUGAGGAGAUUGUUUGAUAGAUCACGGCUACUUGACAUCUCAAUAGUAUCAUUAUGUUUGAUUACGCGUUCCGCUUGUUUCAGCCAGCUCACUAUAUGAGCACCUGGGGUUUUCUCGCGCUACCAUUCACUGCUACUGUGGCAAUCUGUUGGAAGAAUAGCUGAUACGAUGAAUCAACUGGAAAGAUCUCGACGUUUGGGGAUUUCAGUGUAGUCAGUACGUAAAACAGGCGCAUACUGUCGUCGAGCA